AUGAUGCCUGAUGGUGACGAGAAGGACUCCGAUGUUAGAAUGUGGUCUCCUGAUACAGAUCGAGCAGAACUGAGGCUUGACAGGAAAAGCACCAUUGAAGAACUGCAAGACAAACUGCAGUUUGCAUUAACAGAAUUGGAUGAGACCAAAGGAGCCCUGGAUGCAGCCCAGAAACGAGUGAGCGAAUUGGAAUCCAAUGCGCCAGAGCCAAAGUCGGUGGAUGUGAGAAUAGAACUCGCAAAAUCCAUUUUGGCUUUUCUCCUUGUCCUAGCUGCUGAGAUUACAUAUUUUGUGAUGAUGCUACAAGAAAGUGCGCUUUUUGGCGAACAAGACUGUAGUGGCGUGGCGCUGGUUGCCAGAAGGAGCUGUGAAGUUUGUGGUUCUGGCACACUGCUCAUGCCCGUCGGCGGGGACUAUGAAAAGAGUUGGUCCGACUUGGCGAGAAGUAUUUUCUACCUUUUCGUGCUACUAUGGUCGUUCCAGGGGGUGGGCAUUAUUUGCGAUGAAUUCAUGGCUGCGAUCGAGAAGAUCACCAGUGGCAAACGUACCAAAUGGGUCACCAAUCGAGCGGGGCAGAAGGUUAAGAUUCGUAUUACGAUCUGGAACGAGACGCUAGCGAAUCUCAGUCUGAUGCCCUGA